CGGCGCAGCCAGGGCUGGAGCCCGAGCGCAGAAGCCGACGGGCCGGGCCGGGAUGGUGCAGAGGCGGCUCCGCGGCGCGCGCACGCACUGAGCGGGCCCGGGCUGGGCCUCGCGUCCCCCGAGCCCCCCGCGCCCCCCGCCGCCCCGGCCCGGGCCGGCAUGAUGUGCCUGGAAUGCGCCUCGGCGGCGGCGGGCGGCGCGGAGGAGGAGGAGGCGGACGCCGAGCGGCGGCGCCGGCGCCGGGGGGCGCAGCCAGGGGCUGGAGGUAGCGCUUGCUGCGGGGCGCGGGGUGUUGGGGGCGCUGGAGUCCUGUCCGCCGACGAAGAGGUGCAGACGUUGUCCGGCAGCGUGAGGCGGGUCCCGUCCGGACUCCCCAGCAUCCCCAGCACCCCUGGCUGCGCAGCCGCUGCCAAGGGCCCCAGCGCGCCGCAGCCCAAACCCGCCAGCUUGGGCCGAGGGCGGGGGGCAGCCGCUGCCAUCCUGAGCUUAGGCAACGUGCUCAACUACCUGGACAGGUACACUGUGGCAGGUGUUCUUCUGGACAUCCAGCAGCACUUUGGGGUCAAGGACCGGGGCGCCGGCUUGCUGCAGUCAGUGUUCAUCUGCAGCUUCAUGGUGGCUGCCCCCAUCUUUGGCUACCUGGGCGACCGCUUCAAUAGAAAGGUGAUCCUCAGCUGCGGCAUCUUCUUCUGGUCUGCUGUCACCUUCUCCAGUUCUUUCAUCCCUCAGCAGUACUUCUGGCUACUAGUCCUGUCCCGAGGGCUAGUAGGUAUUGGUGAAGCCAGCUACUCCACCAUAGCACCCACCAUCAUUGGCGACUUGUUUACCAAGAACACACGCACACUGAUGCUAUCUGUCUUCUAUUUUGCCAUCCCCCUGGGCAGUGGCCUGGGCUAUAUCACAGGUUCCAGCGUGAAGCAGGCAGCUGGAGACUGGCAUUGGGCCCUGCGGGUUUCCCCUGUCCUGGGCAUGAUCACAGGAACACUCAUCCUCAUCUUGGUCCCAGCCACUAAGAGAGGCCAUGCUGAUCAACUUGGGGGGCAGCUCAAAGCACGGACCUCUUGGCUCCGAGACAUGAAGGCCCUGAUCCGAAACCGCAGUUACGUCUUCUCCUCCCUGGCCACAUCCGCUGUGUCCUUCGCCACAGGGGCCCUGGGCAUGUGGAUUCCCCUCUAUCUUCACCGUGCUCAAGUUGUACAAAAGACAGCAGAGACUUGCAACAGCCCGCCCUGUGGAGCCAAAGACAGCCUCAUCUUUGGAGCCAUUACCUGCUUUACUGGCUUCCUGGGCGUAGUCACGGGCGCAGGAGCCACUCGUUGGUGCCGCCUGCGGACUCAACGCGCUGACCCAUUGGUGUGCGCUGUGGGCAUGCUGGGAUCUGCCAUCUUCAUCUGCCUCAUCUUUGUGGCUGCCAAGACCAGCAUUGUAGGCGCUUAUAUCUGCAUUUUCGUUGGAGAAACACUGCUGUUUUCUAACUGGGCCAUCACUGCAGACAUCCUCAUGUAUGUGGUCAUCCCCACUCGGCGAGCCACUGCUGUGGCCCUGCAGAGCUUCACCUCCCACCUGCUGGGGGACGCUGGAAGCCCCUACCUCAUUGGCUUUAUCUCGGAUCUAAUCCGCCAGAGCACCAAGGACUCCCCGCUCUGGGAGUUCCUGAGCCUGGGCUAUGCCCUCAUGCUGUGCCCUUUUGUCGUGGUCCUGGGUGGCAUGUUCUUCCUUGCCACUGCUCUCUUCUUCCUCAGCGACCGUGCCAAGGCUGAGCAGCAGGCUGACGAGGUCCCUGCCCAGCGCCUCCGGUCUACCGGCCCCAGUGAUUCGAUGUGCCAGAGCCGUGCCUGGGCCCAGUCCCCGCUGAUGUACCACCCUGACCCCCGCCCGUCUCUCCCUCAGGGUGAACCAGCUGGUGAUGCCGCCUGCAUCCGUGAAAGUCUGAGGUGGUGCCACUGGGACAGCAGUGAACUGCAGUUUAGGUUGGGAGAGGUUCUCCAGCAUCCUGGACCGGCAGGACGGUCCCAAAGCUUCCUGUGUAACUCACAGUUGGGUACCCACCCUCUUUGGCCUAGGACUGCCAGGACUGAGUGGCCCUAUCUUCAAGAAGAAGCCGCGUCCUCAGUUAGCCUGGAAGGCUGUGUGUGCUGGAACCACUCAGUCGGACACAACUCCAGCCCUGGCUGGGGCCUGGAGGGCCAAGAUAGAAGCCACCGUGCAGCGGGCAUUUGGGGAGAUUCUGGCCUGCCCUUAGCUCAUGUGAUCUUGAGGGAGCCACUGUCGUCCUCCUUCGACAGUAGAAGCAAGGAGCUGGAGCUUCCUCCAUUGUGUGCCAUGCAAGGCACACUCCACAGCUUUGAAGAAACAGGUCCUGGGCUAUACACAGAAGACAUGGCUCAAGUCUCAGGACCUCAGUUCCGGUUCUGAGGUCCGCCAAAGGCUCUGGUGUAUGGGGACCACUUCCCCACUGUUAGGCUCUAACCUUGGGAACAGCAAAUUCAGCCUGGCAUAUGUAGCUGGGUAUCCACUUCUGGGUGUUCCUGGCUGGGACAGUCUCCCAGGAUACUGUCUCUGCUGUCUUCAGCUAGUUCUUUGCCUGGAGGUUUUCUCAGGUGGGAGCACCCCCUUAAAGAAAGCUGCGGCACUAGGCGGUGAAGGCCCUGGUGGUAGGCUGAGAACUUGACAACCUUUCCUUACCCCAGCCCCCCAACUCCUGCAGUACCCCAGAAGCCACCUCAUCCUACAGGAUGCCCCAAGAGUUCUUUCUAAUGAGGAGUCAGAUAAGAUGCUAAAGGACUUACCCACACUACUUCUUGGCCUAGGGUAUAAAACUGCUGGAGAUUGCCCACCAGUGCCUAUAGGUAUCAUACCCCAACUGACUCUCCUGGGGCCAGGCCUUCACCCCAGCCUUUGAUCACACUCUUCCCACACACACACAACCCCUCACUCCCCUGCAGCCACCUUAGUCACCUCUGGGCACUUAUCCCCAGCUUUACACUCCUUGCACGCUGUAACCAAGGUGGCUCUGGUCCUGGGGUACCAUUGCAACUUACAGGAAAGUUCCAGAACCAGCUUGGAGAACAGUCCCUGUGGCUGUAUCCCACUUGCUGUGGCUUCAGUGGUGUUAGUUAGUGGUACCCACCCCACCAAACUCUGGGGCACCCUGGGGGUUUGGGCGUGGGUUUGCAGAGGGUGCUAUCCCUAAAGACCAGCCUGGCUCCCACCCUAACCCCGGCAGGGGCCCUAGCAAUGUUUUCUUGUUGUACAAGAACCAGGUCCAAGUGUUGCCUCCUCUUCCUUCCGGAAGCUGAACUGCUCCUUUAUUUUUUAGAGCUGCUGAUUGUGAAUCUCAAAGUCUUAAGAGAGAAGCCAAAUAUAUAUUCCUCUUGUAAAUGAAUAAAUAAACCUAUUUAAAUGUU